CCGCCACCAUGGGAUCGGGAGGUAGAAUGGACUGUUGCGGGCAGUGCGUGAAAUACAGUAUGUUUGCGGCCAACUUCAUCAUCUUUAUCGGUGGAGCAAUCGUGUUCGGCUUGGGCGUCUGGACGCUGGUGGAUAAACACUUCAUCAACGAGCUGUUGGGCACGAACCUGUUCUCCGGUGCGGUGUACGUGCUGAUUGCGACCUCCGCCCUGGUUUGUCUGCUGUCAUUCUUCGGCUGCAUGGGCGCAGCAAAGGAGUACAAGUGCAUGCUGCUGACGUACUUCAUCUUGGUGUUUCUCAUCUUCGUGACGAUGUUGAUUGGGGGCAUCCUGGGGUACGUCUUCCGAGAGAAGGUUUCGCAGACGAUGGGCGAUGAGAUGCGCUCCUCCAUGAGCCUGUACGGUUCGCGGCGCACGAUCACAACGGCUUGGGAUGAAACGCAGGAGCGUUUGAAGUGUUGCGGUGUCAAGAGCUACAGCGACUGGCGGGGCGAUAUCCCGCAGUCCUGCUGCCAGCGGACAUUGGACGGUCACAAGCCAUGCAUAGAGAACCCCAGCCCGGAGAACAUCUACAUCAACGGGUGCCUCGAGAUCACGUCCAGCUACAUCCGGGACAAUGCAGCCAUCAUCGGGGGUGCCGGAAUCGGUGUGGCGGUGUUGCUAAUAUUCGGGAUGAUAUUCUCGUGCUCGCUGUUCCGCAUGAUCGAGUAGUUGCGGUGGAACAGGACGCAGAAGCCAUACCUCACACUUGCCUUCAGCAAAUCCCGCCCGGCGAUUUACAUCAAACUCCUGGAGCGGGACUCCAAUUUUACCAGGCCUAUUUUUUCCAACCCGUCAUGGAAAUGGUGCGACGCAGAGCUAAAACGAAAAAGAAUAUCGCAAAGCAAUAAGUGAGCACGAGAGCAAAUCCAAACAACCAUUCGUACAACACACGUGCAUUCGUAGUUUAAGACCCCGCCAAUUUAUUUUUCGCUUGUUGACUCCUUGUUCCGCGAUUUGCAGUGCUUUCCGUUGCGGCAGGUUUCGACGGUUAUAGCAAUUCUUCUGCACAACAGCAUUCCGACAGCAAAGUGCACAGUUUCGUGAACUUAUUCCUAUUCCAUCGUACAUGUGCUUUCUUGUAUUUUGUUUUUUUGAGCGCCAAUAGUCGUGUGUUUGAUUGUGACGUCGGGAUAUGUUAGGCAUUCUCACCGCAGCUGCUCUCAUCACUUUUUAAUCGUUAAGGUUUUAAUUUUAAUAUAAGUCUACCGAUCGGCUAGAGCGCGAUAAAGCAGAAAGACAAUGGAGAUAUAAAUUGAUACAAUCGAUUGGCAUUGAUAAAAUCCACGAUGCUGCGAUGGAAGAACGAAUGUGUAAUUCAAUUGGAUUAUGUGCUUUUUAGGGUUAAUAAAGAAGAAGAAGAAGUGCUAGGA